UGUCGUUUCUUCUUUGUUCUUUUCUUCUUUUUUUCCAGGCGGUAUGGAGGGUGGGAACUGAAACUUUCAAUGCAAUGUGGAUUAUAUGUGGUGAUUUGUAGGUUCCUGUGUUUAUGUAUUUAAGUAGGAAGGUAUCUGAUUGAGUAUCUGAGAAGAAGGAUUUUUUUGACCGGUCAGCUUCACUUUUUGUAAUUUUCGUAGUUUUGGUAUUAUUCGAGCGCACACUGGUCACUUGAUAAAAAUUUACAAAAGAUUUAUAGAAAGGUAGAGUUGAUAAGUUUCGUUAAGAGAGAAAGGCUCGACUAUAUUUAAUUAGGAUAUAUUAUAAUUAGGUCAUUAAAAUCUCUAAUGUAAUUAUAUUAAUUACACAAAUGCCUCGCGCGUGUAUGAUACGUGAAAUCUACAUUUUUAUGUUACAUGUUAUAGCUUUUGAAUUAAUCCGCCGAAAUCGAGAAAAUUAAGAGUCUGGAUUUUGCUGAAUAAAAAUUACGCAGAAUUAUUCUCUUAAUUAAUAUCGACAAUGUGGAUAAUUUUAAAUUGAGAAUUUCAAUUCAACUUGGACGAGUUUAGUCAAGAGAGUCCGCGAAGUACCUCAUAUUUCACUGCGGGGGGUCCGAAUCCGUCUUUCAUUUAUUUAAUUUGGCACGGAUUCGCGGGACGUGUUUGGGCAUCGGCAGCUGAUUUAAAUCUGGUUUCUCGAAAAUUGCCUCGAUAACACCAUUUGUUCCCGUAUCUUAUCGCUUCUGCCAGGUUCUCGGUUCGCCUUUCCACCCGAACGAGAGAGCAAACAUUAAGAAACCCCCGCAAAGAAGAUCCUUUCAGCAAGAAAUAGUUUCUCAAAUUUCGUCAAUUUUGUAGUUAUCAUCAAUUGUUGCUAUUAACUUAACAUUUCUAAUCUCGCAGAAAUUAAUCUUUAUCACGAUCGAUCAGUGGCACAAUUAAUAUUCAACAGCGCUGUACGGUCGGUCGCUUUUCAUAAAAAUUCGUCACCACGCGAUUUCUCUGUGACAAAAACGCGAAUAAGAUGUAAUUGGCUACAUCGAUUCCGCCGAAACGGCAAAGCGCAAUUACGCCGCUAAUUAUCCCUUAAUUCUCCACUUGACGUGUAAUCGGCCGAUUAGAGUCGCGUCAGCGUGUACGGCUCUCAUGAGCGCACGUGCUUUUCCAUCGUUCGUCGCAGUACGAUCCUCACGAUCGUGUUACGAAAAUCCACCAUGUCGCGACCGUGACGCAAAUUUAACAGUGAUAAUCUCCUCUCGACGCCUCUUAUUCUGCGAUUUCUUAUUUAUAUUCUUUCACGGCCUUUUCGCUUUUUUUAAAUAUAUAAUAACGCUCGCAUAUGUAUAAUAACAACGCGAUUUGUUCCGGUCUACACAGUCCCCAUGCGCGUGCAUGGAAGUUUCUGAAAGAGAAAAACAACAAUUAUUUUAAACAUAGUCUUUAAAUUUAAUUAUUAUUUGUCGCGUCGGAAUCGUCAUUACGCCGCCAUUACGUAAUGACGGCUCCUUUCUUGUGCAACCGCACAACGAAAUUCGCUCUUGAUUCGCCGCUAUUUGUUUAAACGAAACGCAAGAUAGUUGUCGGAUUGCAUUACAUGUAUCGGAAAAGUGCGUGUAUAUUGUUGCAUCGGCCGAACAGCUCGCGCAAAUGCGACCGAUUUACAAUAAUAAUUUUUUAAACAAUGGGGACCUCGGUCUCUGUAAAUAAAAGCAAGACGUUGGCGGUUUGUUUCGGUAAACAGAAUGCGAAUGACGAGAUGAGGCGCACGUCACGGAAUAAUUUCAUUUGGAAUCGAAGACGAGUCAUUACGAAUCCCGCCAAUCAGCAGGGAUUGAAGGGCACCAUUAAAAUUGAAAUUUUUAAAAUAAAUUUUGAAAUGGGAAGUCCCCGACCUCUACUCUAUAACAUAAGCUUAAUCGUUAUUUCAAAUUUUAUUUUGAAAACGAUCUUAUUUUGUGAUGACACGCGGAUAUUCUCCUGAAUGGAUCCGGAAUGCUUGAAUGAUGAUGAUGUGCAUCUCUUUCGCGCCUGGCACUCGUACGAUUCAGCGGUAUUUAAUGCAUUCAUUCGCUGCGUGUUUAACAUCAAUUACUGAUAUCACCGUGCCGAUUAUACUUUGUGUAUACAUGUGCCUUUAGUGUCUAGUUAGUGUUGCCUAGAAUAGUCUGAUAGGAAAAUAACCGGCAACGGGAAGGAAACUGCUGCUGUCGCAUUCUUACGAUUUUUCAAGGAAUUAUUAAUAAAAAAAUACUUAAUAAUAAUCAACAAAUAAAUUAUUAUUAUUAUAUUAUCAUUUAUUAAUUCAACGUCAUAUUGGGGAUUUAAGCGUCAUGUAAAACGCUGCAAUAGAUAAGUCCGACGAUCUCGCGGUUCAGAAGCGAACGAUGACGCGCGCGGUAGAUCCUUAUCGCGAUCGAUACUAGUUCAAUCGACGAGCAGUGAUAAGUACACGCACUUGUGUAAUCCUACGAUCAUCUAUCUACGCGCCUAUCUAUUUGCUUGGAGCACCGACUCGCGUGAAAAAGGUCGAUCCAAUCCAAUGUGCUCCAGGCGUCAGAUUAUGCCGCGCAAGUGCAGGUAUCGCGGCUGAACCGAUAGCAAGUGGGUCAGAAGAACAUUGGCGAUCCGUUACGAAAUUUCAGCGAUAUUUCGCACAUUUCGCGUCUUUUAAUUUCACAACGCGAAUUUCCGCGCGAGUUGAUCGGUGGAGGAGCGCGCACAAUCGGCUUUUGGUACGUGACGUACGUGAUGCAGAGGUCUGCUGUUAUCGAAGAAGAGAGAAGAGAAAGAGCGUAAACGGGCGCACUGCACGCAUAUUAUUUAUGAAACAUCUAUUUUCCACGCGAUUAAUCGCGCACGUUGGACGACACGAUCGAAUACGUGUUCGCGCGACACGAACUAAUACGGACAGCCGUGGACUUCGGAUACGGAAAGUCGGCUCCAGACACCUUGUCGUGGCGCUACAAAGAAGGAAAACGAUAGGCUCAGGGAAGGGACCGCGGACUUCGAGCAGGCUAUAGAGAUAUGUGAGAAUGGUCGGUAUCAGUACACUCUCCUGGUGGUUUGCGGCGUGAUGUUCACCUGCGUCGGUUGCCAGUAUGGCGUGAACGCGUACAUCCUGCCGUCCGCCGAAUGCGACUUGAACAUGGGAUCCGAGGAGAAAGGGCUGCUGAACGUUGCCUUCCUCAUAGGCACGGUGAUCAGCGCCCUUUUCUGGGGAGUUUUCGCGGGUGCCUACGGGCGAAGAAAUAUCUUGGUGAUGACGCUCUUCGGCGACAGCAUCUUGACGCUGAUAGCGAGUUUCUCGCAAGGCUUCAAGCUGCUCCUGCUGUUCAGAGUUAUAAGCGGAUUCCUGGUGGGCGCGCCCGGUUCUCUGGUGUACAUGUACCUCAGCGAGUUCCACGCGGAGAGGCACCGAGCGAAGAGCAUCUGUUUCCUAGGCUUCUUCUUUACCCUCGCUUGGCUGAUUUUACCUGGCUUGGCGUGGAUCAUCAUACCGCUGCCGCUAUCCUUCGAGUUCUAUGGCUUCCAGUACAACUCCUGGCGGAUAUUCCUCGGCGCUCUCAGCCUGCCGACGUUUGCCAUCGCUGCGAUCACCCUCACGUAUCCCGAGAGCCCCAAGUUCCUGGUGUCGCAGGGCAAGACCGGCGAGGCACUCGCGAUCCUUCGGCGGAUCUAUGCGGCGAACACUGGGCGCGACAAGAGCGAGUUUCCGGUGAAGGAACUCCUCUCCGAUGCCGUGUUCAAAGUGGAGAAAAACGAGGCACCGUCGUCUCCGUCGGACGUGCUGACGGAUCUAGUGAAGAACGUCUGGUGGCAGCUGCGCACCAUCGCGUCGCCACCCCUCUUGAAGUACGCCAUUCUCCUGUGGAUAAUCUACUUCGCGAACAUGUUCGGGUACUACGGCUUCGGUCUUUGGCUGCCGGAGUUGUUCAACCGCUUCGAGCAUUAUCAGCAGUCGCAUCCGAACGCGUCGGUGACUGUCUGCGAGCUGAUACACGACACGCAACCGUCGAAUUACACCGUCCCGGAGGAGCUGUUCCUCCUCUUGCUGAACGGCGCCAGCACGGAGUGCAAGCCGCGCAUCGACGAGCGGGUGUUCAUCAAUUCCCUGACGAUCAACGCGGUUUGCCUCGUCGGCAAUAUCGCCUCCGGUUACCUGGCGAAUCGCGUCGGCCGCCGAACGAUGCCAGUGAGCAUGAUGCUGACGGCCGGUUUCGCCGGCCUCGGCAUCUACUUCGUCCGGUCGUCGCUGCAGAUCCUCAUAGCGGCGUGCGUGCUGUCCCUGGCGAUCGCCACGGCGAACUUCGUGCUCACCAGCGUGGCGGUGGACGUUUUCCCCACGCACGUGUCCGCCGCGGCGGUCUCCAUGAUGGUCUGCCUAGGUAGAACCGGCGCGGUCGCGAGCAACCUGGCGUUCGGCAUGCUGCUGGAUAUCAGCUGCGAGAUCCUGAUAUUCCUGCUCGCCGGCAUCAUCCUGUGUGGCGGAAUGCUGUGCUUUCUGAUACCGAGCAAAGAGAAGAAGUGAAAGUCGACGCCGCGGCGAAAAAAGGAGGAGACGCAUAUUAAGUUUAAGAAGAGACUCGAGGUGUCGAGGUAGCGAACAGGCGCUUCGUUUGCGGUUUCCGCAAAGCGCGCGAUGCGCCCGUUGAUCUCUCUGUAAAUAAUAAUUACGAGCAUUGGUCGACAGACUGUCGGUUCCGUUUCUCGUUUGCGCGCCUUUGCCUCUCGCGUGCACUCCGCGUCGUCGCGGAUGGUUGACGUGCUCGGUGAAAUCGGAACUUUGAAACGCGACGUUUUGAGAAAAUUUCUUUAAAAUCUCUUCGCGUAGUUUUAUCACGAUCUGACAUAGAGCGCUCGCCGUUCGUCGAUCAAAGUAGCAACCUCGUCUGUAAAUAAUCAUUCCGAUAGAUAUUUAUUAAUUUUCAUAUCGUACACGCGCGCGUGUUGCGACGAGUGACGAGAACGAGCGCGUGGCGAGCCAUUCGUCGUCGUCGCGCGAUAAUGUACUAUAAUAUAUAUAUGUCGGAAAUAAAAAUGUAGCGAAAUAAAAAAGGCGUUUUUUUAUUUAGGCGUUGCAGCUUGAAACGGAGAAAGAGCAAAUAUUAUAAGAAUUAAUGUAAUUAUUUAAGGAAAAGUUUAUAUUUCGUUGCCAACGAUUUUUUACCAUUCGUAACAGGAUGGGCUGUUGGUGAGUCGGUGAUUGACAGACAAGUACGGAAUACAAAUUUGCAAUUUCA